UUGAAAGCUGCAUGCUGGGAAACGAAAAGCUUUCAAGUCCACUCGUGCAGCAGCAGCGAAAGUGAAGGACAGGCAGCACAGACAUUUAACCUGCACUUGUUCAGGAUAUUGAUUAGCUGCAUUUUGUCAGUUGUAAGAAUGGUGGUUUAAGCCUAUGCAUUUUUUGUGUCUGUUUGGAUUGCCAUUUUUUAAACUCCAGUGACUUUAUCAAGAACAGUAAAGAGCAAAGAUGAUUGAGCUGGGCCUCCCUGAUGGCAACCUGAUUGAUGAGUUGAUGGAGCUGACAGCACAGAGCCUCAGUCACCUGGAAAUCCAAGAACACUUCAACGUCAUCAAAGAGAUCGGACGAGGGAAAUAUGGGAAAGUGCUCCUGGUUACACAUCGCUUUAGAGGGACUCCCAUGGCAUUGAAAGUGAUGCCCAAAACUUCAACUAAGCUGCAGGGCUUUCUGCGAGAGUACUGCAUCUCCUUGCACCUGUCCUGCCACCCCUGCAUUGUGGAUCUUUUUGGCAUUGCCUUCCAGUCUAAUGAGCAUUACUGCUUUGCCCAGGAGCUGAUCAUUGGAAGGGACCUUUUUGCUGUCAUUCAACCAAAAGUGGGUAUCCCAGAAUCCUCAGUAAAACGCUGUGUCCUUCAGAUCGCCAGUGCUUUGGAGUUCAUCCACACCCAUGGCUUGGUCCACCGUGAUGUGAAGCCUGAAAAUAUUCUUCUGCUGGACAAUCUCUGCUGCCAGGUGAAGCUGGCGGACUUUGGACUUGCCCAGAAGAGAGGAACCCUGAUACGUUUUAUCACAGGAAUCCUUCCCUAUAUGGCCCCUGAACUUUGUUCUGUAGCUCUGCCCGAGGGCCAGAAAGAGGUGACUGCUCCACCUCUGAGUGUGGAGCCAAGUCUGGAUACCUGGGCAUUUGGCGUGGUUAUCUUCUGCAUCCUCACAGGCUACUUCCCCUGGGAGCGCUGUGUGGACUCGGAUGACUUCUACGAAGAGUUUGCAGAUUGGUGGAGAAUGGAAAAUCGAUCUAACGCUGAGGAGGACAUCCCUCCUUUGUGGAAAAGGUUCACUCCAGUAGCCAUGGAGAUGUUUGGUAAACUCCUGGCUCUGGAUGCAGGAAAAAGGUGUUCAGUGGGAGAUGUGAGAGCAUAUGUGGAGAAGGACUGGCUGAAGAAGGUACCGGUUAAUGAUCAGCAGUAAAAGUCGGGGGAAAAGGGAAAAAAGAAAGCAGCAUUUCUCUGGAUUUUGUAGCUCCUUAUUGCUUAAAAACAAUAAAAAUAUAUGAUGUAGCUCAAAG